AUGACGACAAAAGUGAAAGGCCUCUUUAAAGGACUUAGAUAUACCAUCUCUCACAACAUCUUUGAUGAGAAAGAGCCGGAAUUCGAGAUCGGGCUUCCCACAGAUGUAAAACAUGUAGCACAUAUUGGAAGUGAUGGCCCUUCUUCCACCACUCCAAGUUGGAUGAAUGAGUUUAAAUCAAGCCCAGAGUCUAUGAGCGGCCCUUUGAAUUCCACAGAUGACCUCAAGAGCCUUCCUUCACCAAAAGCACAGUCUGAAGCCGGCGGGCCAGCCCAAAAGUCAAAGCACAAGUCAAGGCGCUCAUCCAGCGACGCGCCAAAGCACUCGCGGCGGCCGUCGACCUCCAGCAGUGCGGCUGGCUCUCCGGCGGGAUCACCCAAGGCCCGAGACGGCGAGAGGAAGUCGAGGCGCCACCGCUCUUCCAACAACCUGGCCAUGGGAUCCCCGGCCAGGGAGUCGUCGGGCGGCAGCGUCAAGUCGAGGAAGAGCAAGAAAUCCUCCAACCAGGGCGGCGACGAAUCCCCCACCGGCCAGGACCAGCCAUCCAUUCCAAAGCAUUCUCGCACCCGAAAGUCGAGAGCCCGAUCGAAGGAUCAGCCCGAAAAUCCCGCUGCCGCCGACGGGCUUCCCCCGACGGCGGACGGUGGCUCCACCAAGAGCAACACCGCCGGCCAUCUAACUUCAGUUUUGGACGCCUACCAAUGA